AUUCAUCAGCGAAGCUUCACAACCAGGUACCUAAAAUGAGCGAGAGCGAGCUUUCAAGCGCCGUGACCAAUACGCUAUUGGAGCUCUACCAACGCCAAAAUGUUCCCAUCGACUCGCAACCGAUGGCAGGAGUUGGGGAGAACGCCUACGGACAGGUCCUUCGAGUGAGUUGGCCAACGAUUUCCGAGGCCGCCUCUGUGGUCGUGAAAAUGGCGCCGAAAAACGAGGCCCGAAGAUCCCACAUGCAUGUGGUGGACUACUACGCAAGAGAGGUGUUCAUGUACCAGGAGGUAUUCCCCAUCUUCCGGGAACUUUCGCCGAACCGGAAUAUGUUCACCGUAGCACCUGCUCUACAGGCCAGUGGCCUGAAUGCUCCCGAUGAGUUCCUUAUCUUCGAGGAUCUAUCGGUAUCUGGUUUUAGGCCCAACUCGCGAAGCACGAUGCCCACUUUUGACAUUGUGAUGUGCUCUCUGAAAGCUCUGGCGGAGCUCCAUGCCUGCUCGUUUAUCCUGCAGAAAAGAAAUCCUUCGAAGUUCAAGGAAUUGGUUGAGUUCGUCAAGAAGGAUAAUUUAUUUACUUCCGAAAUUGAGGAGGUCACCAUUGAGUUUGGAAAGGCUCAGCUGCGAAGAGCGAGAAAUAUUCUGGAAGCAUCGGAUGGAGAUGAAGUGCCUGCUCUAAAAGAAGUACUGGAACGCUGUGAGAAUCAUCUGAAGUCCUUGGCACUUUAUUGCGUGGAUGGUAAAUCGCAGGCACCACACUCGGUUAUAUGUCACGGAGAUUUUUGGAAUAAUAAUAUUCUCUACCGACAUGAGCCGCAUCAUAAUCAAGCCGUGGAGGCUAAGCUGAUCGACUUUCAGAUGUCCCGAUAUGCACCGCCAGUACUUGAUAUAGUCCACUACCUGUUUUCCUGUACAGAGAAGCAAUUGAGGGAUGAACAUUUCCCCACCUUUAUGAAUACUUACUACGACACACUGGACCAGAAAUUAGCAUCGUGUGAUCUUCGUAUUGAGGAAAUAUAUCCUCGCAAGAUCUUUGAUCGGCAGUUGCAACUUUACGGAGUUUAUGGCUUGAUAAUGGGUGCACUUUCCCUGCCCUUUUUCGUUUCCAAUGCUAAUGAGGUGCUGGAUAUCGACACCGUUUCCGAAGCAAUUCAGGAUCUUUCGACAUCAUCCGAGGAAUCCAAAUACCAAGAGCUGAUUGAGGAAUUCGAUAUGCUCAACGGCCGCACAUUGCCAAUCUUCAAGCGCCGAAUUACUGGUAUUGUCAAGGACUUGGUCAAGUACGAAAUGACUGAGCCACUAUUUUCAAUGGAUUCCUAAAGAAGUAAUUCAGUAUUAUAUAACCAAAAUAAACAAGAACAUUUCCAUAAAAGAUAUGGAUAUAAACACCGCACAAUUUAA